AUGCUAGUCAUUCUCAUCGCCGCUCUUUUACUUUUAGCUGAACAUACGAUUUGUCAAGUAAAUGAUGGAACGGUUACGGGUGUCAGACCUCGAAUGAUAAGCCAGGCUAGGGUAUUUGACUUGCCGAAGUUUGCUCCGACUGCCAGAAUCAUCAAAUUAUCAAGAUCACUCAGAAGGAAACACCACAAAGAAGACAUGUCGGUUUUCAGAGAUGCAGCAGGAUCCUUUGACAACUUCGAAGCUUUCGACCUGGAAGGUAUCGAUGAAAAUGCUUCGUCAGGUGAAGCGAAAAGGCCAACAAGAUCAAGGGAUGGUAGCUCUAACCGUAAACGGGUCAGAUUCGAGGAGGAAGGCAAUGGCGAAUUCUUUCCGGAGACCUAA